AUGGUGCUUCAGCUGCGCGACGGUAUGAUGGCGCGAGUCACGGACAACGGAGCUGUCUCAGAGGCAUUCGCAGUGACCAACGGAGUGAAGCAGGGAUGCGUGCUGGCGCCUACCCUCUUCAGUCUUAUGUUCUCUGCCAUGCUGAUGGACGCCUACCGCGACGAACGCCCCGGGAUCCGCAUCGCCUACAGGACGGACGGUCAUCUCCUGAAUCAACGGCGGAUGCACUUUCAAUCGCGCGUAUCCACAAUCACCGUUCACGAACUCCUCUUCGCCGAAGACUGCGUCCUGAACACCACCUCGGAAGAGGAGAUGCAACGCAGUAUGGACCUGUUCUCCACCGCUGGAGGCGGUGGAGGAGGGGGAGGUGAGGCAGAUGCUGCACUAUAA